GUUUUUUUUUCCAUUGAUAAAAUAGAAUGUAGGGCUUUAGCCAUUGAGGCUUACAGAUCUGGAAUUUUUCAUUAAUCUUUUGGGGACAUGUGAAGAAAUGGCUGGGAAAUACAUUAGAGGACAAUAUUAUUAGGGUUAUUUGAAUAUACCUAGUAGCAUUUAGAUAAGCCCAUAUUACUGUCUGGGGAGAAUGUAGUGAUUUCUUUGGGAAGAAUUGGCCCCUUUAAGAUUCAGAGACUAAAGUAAUGUGGUAGCUAAGGAGUAACCAUGACAACUUUCCUGGGUAACUCCAAAAGAUCUAUUUGGAUUCUGUUGUCCAGGAGAGGAAAAGCUGUGGAGCAGACAAAAUCUCCAGCUCAUUACUCUGCUAGGUGAGAUAUGAAAGGGUCUGUAUAUGUCCUACCACUCUGCUCAUGCCUGGAUCCAAACUAUAUAAGGGCCUUUUGGUUCUUUUUCAAUGUCAUAGAAAUCAUGAAGUUUAAUGAGAGGAGAGAGUUAUUUGGAAAUGUAUACCGAUUGUCAACUUGUUUCCCAAAUGCUCAGCGGGUGGAGGAAUCUGAAGAGCUAUAGGCAUAUAGGGCAUUUUCUUUUCUACUUCUCCAGGACAGAAGAGACAUGGCAGCCCUGGGUAUGUGAGCUCAAUCAGUGAUUAGAAAUGUGCCAGGACCUCUGUUCAUUUAGAGAACUGGAUUAGACCACAAAGUCCUGAGGAACAGGAUGGAAUGACUAGCCCCGAAUCAUAAGUACUGGGACAGGAAGAUAUGGAGACUGUAGACCUGAUGAACAAUCUGAAGUCCCUGCAAUUUGAGCAGGGGGUUCGAGAGGAAGAGACCCCUUGGCUGUUCCUUCAGAGCCGUUCCCGAGGAUUGAUGAUCCAAGCCUGUGCCCAUGCAGCAUUUUUCUGCAGACUACUCUGGGCCUUGAGGAAAAUGGAUGGGAACACCUCAGUCUCGAUGCUACCAUCAGAGGAGGAGAAGGAAAACCCAUAUAAAAAACCCUCCAAAAGAGAUCUAAAAGUGGGCAUCAUUGGAGGAGGACGACUGGGAAAGCAAUUGGCUCUAGUGUUACUCCACCGAGCCUCCAUCCCUGCCCAGAGCCUUCAUAUCUCCACUAGGAGGCCAGAGACCCUGAGUGACCUGCAGAAGAUGGGGAUCCAGUGCUUUUACCAUAACUGUUUUCUGGUAGAGUGGGCCAACUUGGUCUUCCUCUGCUGUCUGCCAUCCCAGCUGCCUCAUAUUUGCUUGGAAAUCAACACUAGAAUUGCGAAGUCCUGCAUUGUGUAUAGCCUGGUUACUGCUGUCCCUCUGCCUAGGCUGAAGCAGCUGCUAUGCCACACCACUAUCUUGCGCCCCCAGUAUCAGUGUGCUGAAAAUUAUAUUGAUAUAUGGGGGUCCAAUGAGGACAUCAAGUCUGCACUUCAAGAUCCUGAGAUAGUUCAGGCCACUUCUCCUUACAGCACAAAUGGAGGAAUAACUCUCAACAUCAAGUGGCUGGCGGCAGUCUUCUAUGCAGCCCUAAAUAUCUGCACGUUAUGGGACAUACCUUACCAACAAGGGCUAGAGGUUCUCAAUGACUUGUGUCUCUCUGUGCAUCCGCAGACGUGUGGAGAGAAUAAGACUAAUUGCCCAAGAUUCAUUGUUACAGACUUUGUCAACCAAGCCUUUGCCAACACCCUAAAUCCUAGCAAUGUUUUCCCUUGGUUUGACUUGAUCACUGUGCAACUCAAGGAAACUCCCUUUAGCCAGCACCUAGGAAAAAGUGUGACUCUUCAGGAACACUUAACUGUUCUUUACUCUGCCUCAUUUGGUAUCUCACUUUCCCAAGAAACAGGAGAAGAGAAAGAAGGAGAAGAGGAAGAGGAGGCUCUAGACCCAUAGUCCUGAAAGUCAAGUUUUUCAGCUGCUUGGGAAAUCUUCAGACUGACCAGCAUGAUCUGCUCCCCAGGUCAGCCCCUUAAAUAGGAUGGCCUUUCACUUUCACUGCUGGCAGUAGUGGCUGCUUUAUUUAGCAUUAGCUUGUUGGUAGAUUUACAAAAAUAGAAAGGUUUUGAUUUAUUUGAUGAUAAAUACCAAGCCAAGAAGGUGAAACAUGUCAUAGUAUUGUGUUUGCCAGAAACUGAGCACUAAGGAAAAGGAAAAAUUGCACUGUUGGCUCUUAAAAUUGUAAGACAAAACCAUAUAUUCCCUCAAUCAGUGGUGAAUUUGUCUGUUGGAAAUCUCCAGGAUAACCUAAGCAUCCUGACUCACCUAAGAAUACAGUCUCUUGAUACUGACUCUUGUUCAAAAGUCUAAAUUUAGACAAUUCCAAUGUCAAUAUAGUUACAUUCUGCAGCAUCUUUCCCAAAGCAAUCUAUAGGAAUAUAUUUAGAAUAAGAAAAAUGGAUGGAUUGACAACACUGUGAUAAAAUAAAGAGAUGGGGCAAA